AUGACAUCAACAAUAAUUUCGUUAAUGAAUAAUUUUAAAUUGGAUUUAAUCCCCAAUUUUUUCAAAUCUGCAAAAAUUGAAAAUUAUAAUUUAAAAAAAUUUGAAAUUUUUUUUCAAACUGUAUGUGAUUCCAAGAAUGGUUUAUUUUCAAGAUAUUUUACCAACUCAAAAGGGUUAAAUAAUUUAGAAAUUUUAGGAUUUUGGUUUUAUAUAUCAAAAUUUUAUGAAAUUAUUGAUACUAUUAUAAUAUUAUUAAAAGGUAGACCAUCAAGUUUAUUACAAAGUUAUCAUCAUGCUGGUGCUAUGAUGUGUAUGUGGGCAGGUAUUAGAUUUCAAUCUCCACCAAUUUGGAUAUUUGUUGUAUUUAAUUCAUUUAUUCACCUGCUUAUGUAUUUUUAUUUUACUUUAUCAUGUUUAAAUAUCCGAGUACCAACAAUUUUUAAAAAAUCCUUAACAUCAAUGCAAAUUACUCAAUUCAUAAUUGGUGGAUCAAUUGCAAUUUUACAUUGUUUUAUUUGGUUUAUUGAUACAAAUGAAUUUAUAUCAAAAAAAAAAUUAAACUUAAUAAGUUGUAUAAGUACUCCUGAUCAAGCUUUACCUGUUUUAAUUAAUGUUGCUUAUUUAACUCCUUUAACUGCUUUAUUUGGUGCUUUUUAUAUUGAAAGUUAUUUUAAAAAGAAGUAA